AUGGUUGCACUAGAGGAACAGCGUUUUGUGCAGAGAAGGCUAAGAAUACCGAAACUCCCACGCAAGAUCGGAUUAAUUGCACGGCUUCCAAAUGAUGUAGAUCUUCUUGAACAAAUCAUCUUAGAUAUGAUGCCAAACCCUGAACCACGGAUCAAGUUUAGUCAGAUCUUUUUUGGACUCUGGCGUACUUAUCAAUAUAAGAUACGAGGUGAAUGGGCUAUCGGAGGUAUCAACCAAAAACAUGAAGAUUCUCAAGAUGAGGAUUUGGAACAAGAGACCUCAUGUUUCCGUAAGAAUACGAAGAGGAUCAGGAUUGUGGGAUUUGGCAGCACUGUGCAUGAUCGCCGGUUGGACAAGCCUUAUGAGUUUGCACCUGGUGAAAAUCCCGAUCACAGAGGGUCAAUUCCUGAUGAAAUAGGCGGGCAGUGUAAAAAUUUGGAUAAAUUAAGACUUGAGAAAUUAGGAAAAAGAAUGAAAGACUUUUUGAUUGAACAGAGCAACUUGUGCUAAAUACCUCGUAUAUUCAACGCUA